CUUUCAAAGACCGGAUAUCCCAGCAGGUAGAAUUUCAUACUACACAAGAUUCCUUUUGAUUCUUCAAUUCGUGUCUUGUGUCUGUUGGGUUUCUUAUUACACGCAAAGGUACAGUUAAAUCGCGCAUCCUCCUCUCGUCCAGCAGCCAUCGCCGCCUAAUAUUGACUGCGUGUCUAGACCUACAAGUGAGACUGAUCUUCAUCAUGGCCAUAUCACUUUGGAUUUGCCAUUCUUGACAGAAGUUCUUACUCCUGCAGAAUGAACCUCCAGAUAUCGCUGCUAGAAGGAUUCCCCAUGGAUGUCGCUUCCCAGUGCAGGCAUUCGCCUGUCGGACUUUACCAGAUUGAACGACCAAGCUUAAACCCCUUUCACACACAUCAUACACUUCCUCUCACCAGCAACCUACCACGCUUACCUACCUCGCUGGUUCUUUCCAGCAAUUGAUACACUCCACACUAUCGCUAUAGCCGGAAGGAGGCAAACUCGAUAAAUGUCAUCAUAAUGAUAGCCCAUUUCAGCCACAGCCCUCGAUGGUCUUGACUGAUCCCAGCACAACUGCGUCAGCUUCAAUAAAGCAAGGCCCUCUGACUUGGCCAGAAUCCCCGAAAUAACACUGCAAUUCCUCACAGGCUCCAAGAACGCAGCAUGGGCCGCAUCGUCGUCACGGGCGGCUCCGGCAAAGCUGGUGGAAUUGUCAUCGCCGAGCUUCUCGAAGCCGGACACACCAUCCUCAACCUGGAUCUGAAGCCAAUGACCCAUUCAGCCGUACACACUCUCCAGACCGAACUCACCGACAGCGGACAAGUCUUCAAUGCUCUGUCCGGCCAAUGGUUCCUGUCCGAGCCCUUCCCGGAGGGUCUACCACCUCGCCCGGACGUUGUCAUUCACCUCGCAGGCUACGCACGUAAUAUGAUCGUGCCCGAUAACGAGACCUUUCGAGCCAAUACACAGGGAACGUACAAUAUCAUCGACGCGGCCUGCAAAUUAGGAAUUCGCAAGGUGAUUAUCGCCAGCAGCAUCACCGUCUAUGGGGUAUCUUUCGGCCAAGGCGACGUCAACUACGCAUCCUUCCCCAUCGAAGAGGACCAGGACGUCAAUCCGACAGAUACCUGCGCCCUCGCAAAGCUCUGUGGCGAGCGCGUCGCCCGUGGAUUUGCAGCCCGCUAUGGCACGGACAUCUACACCCUGCGCAUCGGACACGUCAUCGGACCGGACGACUACAACGGGGACGUCUUCUACGGCUACGUCCACGAACCGAGUCAAUGGAAAGUACACGGGUGGUCGUAUACGGAUGCGCGGGAUCUGGGGGGCAUGUGCGAGGCGGCGUUGCGGACCGACGGGUUGGGAUUCCAAGUGUUUAAUGCGACGAAUGAUACGAUCACGAAUCUGCAGCAUACGGAGGAAUUCUUGCGCUCGCGUUUCCCACAGACGCCAAUUGAGCGGCGAUUGGAGAAGUUCGAGGCGCCGGUGAGUAAUGCGAAGAUUAAGCGGAUGUUGGGGUUUGAGGAGAAGCAUCCGUGGCGUAAGUAUUUUACCCUGUGGGACAGGAAACCUGUGGCGACGGAGGAAAAUAGGCAACUUCCGUGAAGAGGUGGAAAAGGUGGAAAGUCGUGGUAACGGCCGAAUAUCGGUUAGUAGUUCACCAGUGAGGGGGUGUCGCUGGUGGUUUUAAUGUGAUGCUAUCCAGAAUGGUGUCUUGUACCAUCUACGGAGGGUCGCAACGCGGUUAGGGUUUAGCCGAGCAGCGAACUCUCCUUCUCUUUUGCCCACAACCAAAUCGCCAUCACCACCAGGUCCAGCAUCAGGACUGCUCCCAG